UCCCUCACAGACUCGCUGCUGGCUUUGAUCUCCCCCUUCCCUUCCCCCUCAACCCCCCUCCUUAACAACAAGUAACGUCAUCGCAAGGUCCCUGUGAAACGCAGCCUAGUCUGGCAGGGAUCUGCGCUCGAGCUCUCAGAGGGCUUACGUACACUGACGGAAGAGCAGCAUCCGCGCGCAACAGUUCCACGAGCAGCAGCACCUUUUCUAAACACUUUUUUACACUUCUUCCUGCAGUGAAGGCAAUGAACCCGACUAAACUAACUAAAGAUAUGGAACACCAGCUGCUUUGCUGUGAAGCCGACGCGAUCAGAAGGGCAUACCAAGAUGUCAACUUACUCAACGACAAAGUUUUAAAGACUAUGCUAAAAGCGGAGGAGAUCUACCUUCCUUCUCCAAACUACUUUAAGUGUGUUCAAAAAGAAAUCGUCCCCAAGAUGAGAAAAAUAGUCGCGACGUGGAUGUUAGAGGUCUGUGAGGAGCAGAAAUGCGAGGAGGAGGUAUUCCCCCUGGCUAUGAACUAUCUGGACAGGUUUCUAUCAGUAGAGGACACAAGGAAAACCAGAUUACAGCUGCUGGGUGCAACUUGUAUGUUUCUGGCGUCCAAGAUGAGGGAGACAGUUCCUCUGACAGCAGAGAAACUAUGCAUCUACACAGAUAACUCCAUAGGACCGGAUGAUCUGAAGCAUAUGGAGGUGUUGGUCCUGAACAAGCUGAAGUGGGACCUGGCCUCUGUGACACCUCAUGACUUCAUAGAGCACUUCCUGUCUAAGCUGCCUAUCCACCUGAACGUCAGGCACACCCUGAGGAAACACGCACACACCUUCAUUGCUCUCUGUGCAACUGAUGUGAAGUUCAUUGCCGUCCCUCCAUCCAUGGUGGCGGCAGGCAGCGUAGUAGCUGCGGUCCAGGGUCUGCUUCUGAAGCACCACGACAACACCCUCUCCUCCCAGAACCUCACCUGCUUCCUGUCCCAGAUCAUCAGGAGCGACCCGGAUUGUCUGAGGUCUUGUGUAGAACAGAUUGAGUCUCUCCUGGAGUCCAGUCUGAGACAGGCACAGCAACACACUGUCUCCACGGAAACAAAGAGGGUUGAGGAGGACGUGGACCUCUCCAGCACACCCACAGAUGUCAGGGACAUCAACAUCUGAUUGUCGUUUCACUGUCGUUUCUGACAGACAGCAAUAUCUGAUUGGCCUUGAAUGACUGACAUCAGCAUGUGAUUGGCUGGUUGGUCCCCUUCUCAUCUGUGGACACACCUAUGAGGUUCUGUCUCAGCCAGGAUGAUUUAUAGGAAGGGAGGACACCAGAGAAGAAGGAGCGGGUCAUGUGACCUUCUGGUUAGCCCUGCCCCCCGCCCGCUGUGGGGGCCCACCUCCUCUUGUUUACCCAUGCCUUGACAUGGCAGCAAGCAGGAUGGAACACCUCAGUAGUGUCUAAAGGGCCAGUCCCGGCCCUCUCCCUUUCUACUGCCCCGCCACUCCCCGGCUGAGGGCAUCCAAAACAAACACACAUAAACUUCUUUCAGAAGCUCUAUUGCUUCAGCCAAGCCACAGAUUGAAACUUUGUAACCCUCCAAUAUUAAACUAGGAUUUUGAAAUACUCAGAUUAGACCUGCCUACAUCCAGAAAGGUCUGGCUAGUCUGGCAUUGUUAUUGAUGUUGUUUACCUUUGUUUGGAAUAAUGAUAAACAGAAAAAGCCUUUUAUGUUUGUUACUUUCUUAUCUUGGCUUAGUGUGGUAAAGAUUACAACCUGGGCAUUUGUGUAUCCUUGCUUCCUUAUGUGUGUAGUGUCUUCAUAAUUUAGGUUUCGUUAACAUUUCUGAGAUUGUAGUUGGUCUCUGUCAAAAUGGCUUCCUAUCUCUCCAGUAUGUGCUCAGUCAGUGUACUGCUUGGUUCUAUUUCCUACACGGGCUCACUGCUAGGGCUGAGGUUUUAAGGAAGACCCCUUGACAAAAGCUGUCAUCUAACCUUGCUGACCAAUUUACAGUCUGUAGUUUGAAUUUUGUUUAUUUUGUUUUUGUUUUGGUAUAAUUAUCUAGAGUUAUAUCCUUGCUAAUGCCAUUUCAUUUGAUGAAAGCACUUUUGUUCAGAUUUGCUGACUCAUGAAAAAAUGAAAACAUUGUAACAUUUUAAAACAUUAGCAAAAAUGUCAUGGGGAGGACAUGGUGUAUUUUUUAACGGAAAGGGUGCUGGGUUUGGUCGGGGGAUGGGUGGGUGGGUGGGGGGGUGCUUUGGAGAUGAUUUUGCACAAACCUGAAGACUUGGGCUGCGGUUUUGUUUGAAGUGGGCCUAAGAGCAGGACAAGUGGGAGAGGGGAGAGAGAAGGGAGGGAGGAGAAGGGAGGGAGGAGAAAAGGGGAGGGAGGAGAAAAGGGGAGGGAGGAGAAAAGGGGAGGGACCCUCAAAGCCACCAAACUGGGCUGGAGGGUUAGAUGCUGAGGUCUUAUUGUUCAAGUAGAGAGGUGAGCAGAAGAGAAGACAAGACAGAACAGAGGGAGAGACACUCCUUACCAAGCUGCUAAGGACCAAUCCACGGCAUCGUGUCAAACCUUUUAUGAAAAA